GCUUCAACCAACCAUAACACUGAAAAAACAGCGUUGCGAAGCGACGGAGAUCUCAAAGAAUCAAACCCAAUUAACCACACAAUACAAAACGCCCUCUUCUUCUUCUUCUUCUUCUGUUUCUUCUUCUUCUUCUGUUUCUUCUUCUUCUUCUUCUGUGUAAUUUUUUCCGAUUCCCAGUUAAUAUUCAAACACAGAACAAUGCUUCAGCAAUUCCACCACCGUUUUCCCAUACCAUCAUCAUCAUCUUCUUCUCCUUCUUCUUCUUCUGCCUCUUCUCUCUCCGUACCAUUUCCCAACCCCCAAUUUCGCCAUUCCAAAAUCCUCUGCGAGGCCGUGGACUCGAAGCCAUUGCCGGCGAAGACGAAGGUCGGACUCGGACCCCACACCGGGAGGGACCCGAGCGUCCAGAAGCCGGCGUGGCUGAAGCAGCGAGCUCCUCAGGGGGAGAGGUUCGACCAGGUCAAGGAUUCUCUCUCCCGACUGAAUCUCCACACCGUUUGCGAAGAGGCCCAGUGCCCUAACAUCGGCGAUUGCUGGAAUGGCGGCGGAGACGGCGUCGCCACCGCCACCAUCAUGCUCCUCGGUGACACCUGCACCCGCGGAUGCAGAUUCUGCGCCGUCAAGACUAGCAGAAACCCUCCCCCGCCUGAUCCCAUGGAGCCUCUCAACACCGCCAUUGCCAUUGCUUCUUGGGGUGUGGAUUAUAUUGUUCUCACAAGUGUUGAUCGUGACGACCUGCCUGAUGGUGGAAGUGGUCAUUUUGCUGAGACUGUCAAAGCCCUUAAGAAUCUUAAGCCUGAAUUGAUGGUUGAGUGUUUAACUUCCGACUUUCGAGGUGACUUGAGUGCUGUGGACACUUUGGUUCACUCGGGACUAGAUGUAUUUGCACACAACGUUGAGACCGUCAAACGGCUCCAAAGAAUUGUUCGAGACCCUCGGGCUGGGUAUGAGCAGAGUUUAUCUGUUUUGAAACAUGCAAAGGUCAGUAAGGAGGGUAUGAUAACAAAAUCUUCCAUAAUGCUGGGCCUCGGUGAAUCAGACGACGAAUUGAAGGAAGCCAUGGCCGAUUUGAGGGAUAUAGAUGUUGAUAUAUUGACGCUUGGACAAUACUUACAACCAACUCCACUACACUUGACUGUCAAAGAAUAUGUUACGCCUGAGAAGUUUGCUUUCUGGAAGGAAUAUGGGGAGUCUAUUGGAUUCCGCUAUGUAGCUAGCGGGCCAUUGGUUCGAUCGUCAUAUAGGGCAGGGGAGCUCUUUGUCAAGACAAUGGUGAGGGAAAGGGCAAACAGUGUAGCCACAUCCUAGUUGUUUUUUUAUGUUUUCUUAUCAUCAUUAUUAUUUUUUUUUUUUCGGUUGUACUUCCUCAAGCAUUUCUUCCUAGACUACAAUUUUGGCCGCAUAAGCAGCUGAAUUAGUUGUUGCGAUUUAUUGCUGAGUUGGCCCAAAGUUUCGAGUAUUUUUUGUCUGAUAUGAAGGAAAUAUUUGUUCCAUAGAAGAACAUGGUGUAAUUUUUUUUUUUUUUUUUCCAUUGUCCAAAGCGGUGAGAAUUGUUAAUCCUUUAUUUAAG